AUACAAAGGAAUAUUAAACUAGUAAAAAACAUUUAAAUGACAUUUCAUUUAAAACGCACUCUAAUCAUAUUUGCCACUUUAAUGGUGAUUAUGCAAAUAACUAAAGGACAGGAUGAACCACCGGCAGAAUCCGAAGAAGAAGAUGACUCUUCCUCAGAGGAAACUGUAGAAGAUUCUAAUGAGGCACGUAAGCGAAGACGUCGAUCUGUAGAGACUUCGGUAGAAGUAGCAGAUGUUAGUGAAGGAGAGCCUGCAGCUGCUGCACCUGCUUUUCCAGGCAUACCAGGUUUACCAGAACUACCUGCUUUGCCACCAAUACCCGGUCUACCAGAUCCUCAAACUAUAAUGCAAAUUGCCGAAAUUCUAACAAGUGUGGGUCAACAAGUGCUGCCCAUUUUAGUUUCAGGUAAUUCAGGUGUUUCUAAUUUAGUAACAAAUCGGGUACAACGUGAUAGGAAAUUUUUAAAAGAUUUUAAAAAUGAAAUCGAUUCAUUGACAGAGAGUUUGAAAAAGAAAAAAUAAAUGAUUUUUAAAAAUAAUGUAAAUUUGUU